AUGUCACAGGCUCUUGAUCGGGAAAUAACAAAUCUUCACUUGCAAGAUGAAACGAUCUACUGCCGCGUAACAGAGAAAGAAUUCCAUAUGCAGUGCAAACGCUUGAAUCAUGUAUGGAUGUCUAUGGAAAAAUCUGUUGGUCUUGACGAACGAUUUGUAAGCCGUCUCAAGCUUGACAAACCGGCCUGCCCUGUGUUCUAUAGCCUCAUCAGAACGCAUAAGCUGAAACUCGAUGAGAUCAACUUAACAUCAGCGGCAACAUUCAAAAUCCGACCAAUAAUAAGUUGUGUGGGAGGACCAACGGAUCGAAUUUCGCGGUUCCUUAAUAAAAUCGAAACACGUAUGAGAGAUCGAACCGUCAUCAGCAUCGAAAGUUACACGUGCGGUGAUGCUGAUGAGAAUAAAGUAGGUGGCUACGCGAUAGCUGUGAUGAACGAUUACAAGAACCUGGUGGAGGAAUUUGGCUCAGCAUCGUCUAGAUGCGCCUUUCUACGACUGCGGGAUCGCAGAGAACGUAAACUCUGGAUCGAUGAACUUAAUGCGUUGAUGUCUAAAAUACCAAGCCAGCAGGUGGUCAUUAUCGGAAUCGACGCAAAUGCGAAGAUGGGACUCCAACAGCAAUCCGAUGUGUUAGGAAAAUGGUAUUAUCCAGCGGAGCGCACGUCAGACAACGGUGAUCGUCUGGUCGACUUGUGCGAACAGACGGGCCUCAUCAUCGCUUCCACGUUUAGGAGGAAUCAUCGACGCCAUCAGCUCACGUGGCAAGGGUCAACCCUUUUAACGCCUGAAGAGCAGCUUCUAUGUAUCGCCUGUGGCACUGGCGAUUUCAACCAGAAAAAGCGUCUGAGAAAGAAGUUGUGUCGUCAACUGCAACAAGACCGCGAUAACGAGUGCACGUCAAAAGCGAAAGCGUUUGAGAAGACGUGGGGAGAUAAGAAGCUGCGGAAGCCUAUGCUUUACUAA